UCGACUUGCGUGAGGAGAGCACAGGUGUUUGUUCAGAAGGUGAGCAGACUUUGUUUCCAGUUCUCCGUCUUUACGCACCGCCCCCAGGCUUAACGGGUGGUUGCGUUCACCUGGACAACCACUCGGAACAGAACAUCAGGACUUACUACGUGUCCAAAAUGACUAAUUGACAAAGAGAAGGAGAGAGUAAGAGCAGAGAGCGUGGACUGCGGAGUCAGAAUGCCUGGUUCAAAUUGUGGAUCCAGCAAGAUAUCGGAGUCAUGGUAGCUUUCACCCUGAGGAGACCAGGACCCUGAAGUUGAGAGAGUGACCUGUUCAAGGUCACAAAGAUGGUGCUGGGAUCAGGACCCAGGCAGUCUGACGGUGGAGUCACUGAUCUUAGCCACUGUACUCCACACCCUCCCAAGUCUUCAAUAUGAAAGCAAAUGGAAAACUUCGAUGGUUCCGCCUCUUUCCUCGCGUUGCUCCAGGACCGCAGAACGUUCGCUGAGAAAGAAAGGGGAUGUUUGGGCUGAAGCUAAAGAAGAAGAAGAAGAAUAAAGCAGAGAAGGGGUUGGUGCUAGCCAACAAGGCUGCCCAAGAUGGUCAAAGUGAAGCAGAAGCGGCACAGGAGGGACCUUCUCACCAGGAAGGACCAGGAGGAGAUUUGAUUUUUGAUGAUGUGUCUCUCACUCCUGUCCCCUCAGCUCCUCCAAAGAGAAGAUCAAAACUGUUGACUAAGAUCCAUGAUGGGGAGAUCAGAUCCCAAAAUUAUCAAAUUGCCAUCACCAUCAUCGAGGCCCGCCAGCUGGUGGGCGAGAACAUUGACCCAGUCGUGACCAUUGAGAUCGGGGACGAGAAGAAGCAAAGUGCAGUGAAAGAAGGAACCAACAGCCCAUUUUACAAUGAAUACUUUGUCUUCGACUUCAUUGGGCCCCAAGUGCAUCUUUUUGACAAGAUCAUCAAAAUCUCAGUCCUUCACCACAAGCUGAUAGGGAGUGUACUGAUUGGCUCCUUCAAAGUAGACCUGGGGACCGUGUACAAUCAACCUGGUCAUCAGUUCUGCGACAAGUGGGCCCUGCUCACAGACCCUGGCGACAUCACGACCGGCACAAAGGGGUACCUGAAGUGUGACAUCAGCGUGACUGGGAAAGGCGAUGUCUUAAAGACCAACCCCAAAAUCUCUGAUGCUGAGGAGCAAAUAGAAAAGAACCUUUUGAUCCCUCAAGGGUUUCCAUCAGAGAGACCCUGGGCCAGAUUCUAUGUGAGACUCUACAAAGCGGAAGGGUUACCCAAGAUGAACUCCAGCAUCAUGGCGAACGUCACCAAAGCAUUUGUGGGUGACGGUAAGGACCUUGUGGAUCCCUUCGUGGAGGUCUCCUUUGCUGGGCAAACGGGACGAACCACUGUGCAGAAGAACUGUGCCAAUCCUGUGUGGCACGAACAGGUGGUCUUCAAGGAAAUGUUCCCUCCGUUGUGUCGGAGGGUGAAAAUCCAGGUGUGGGAUGAAGGCAGCAUGAAUGAUGUAGCGCUGGCAACCCAUUUCAUUGACCUGAAGAAAAUCUCCAACGAACAGGAUGGAGAUAAAGGCUUUCUACCUACCUUCGGACCUGCCUGGAUUAACCUGUAUGGCUCACCCAGGAACCACAGCCUGAUGGACGACUACCAGGAAUUGAACGAAGGCUUCGGAGAAGGCGUGUCAUUCCGGGGCAGAAUCUUGGUAGAAAUUGCUGUGGAAAUCCUCUCGGGAGGGGCACAGGAGUCUAAAUUUUCCAAAGCACUCAAGGGACUAAAGUUGUCUUCGAAGGACAAAGAUUCCAAAUCUUCCAAAGGUUCAAGUAAAGACAAGGAUGACAAAACCGAUGAUGGAAAACCCCAGCAGGCUUCGGACAAGACCAACUCAACAGAGGUCGAGGUGGAACCUUUCGAUGUACCCCCGGAGAUUGUACCAGAAAAAUAUGAGGAAUUUUUACUCUUUGGAGCAUUUUUCGAAGCUACCAUGAUUGACCGGAAGAUUGGAGAUAAACCCAUUAGUUUUGAAGUUUCUAUUGGUAAUUUUGGGAACUUGACUGAUGGAGGGUCUCAUCAGGGGAGUAAGAAGUCAGCUGAAUCAGCUGAAGAAGACAACGUUCCACUGCUACACGGAGAUGAAGGGGACGCGGCCCACAAUGUUGCCAUCCCUAUGGCCUCCACCACUCACCCAGAGAAGCCACUCGUGACAGAAGGGAACAGGAAUUACAACUAUUUGCCAUUUGAUGGCAAGAAGCCCUGUGUCUCCUUCAUCAGUUCCUGGGGAGACCAGACGUUUCGGCUGCACUGGUCCAACAUGCUGGAGAAAAUGGCAGACCUGCUGGAAGAAAAUACAGAAGAAGUGAAAGAACUGGGCAAGAUUUCAGAGAAAGCACCGGAGGAGAAAAUGAAGACGGUGUUCAGUGACUUCAUCAGUCAAAGCAGUGCCUUUAUCUCUGAAGCAGAAAAGCAGCCCAAGAUGUUGAACCAAACCACUUUAGAUAAGAAACGACUCACGCUCUGUUGGCAGGAGCUGGACGUGAUGGUCAAGGAGGCCAAGGAGAUCAUCCAGCAGCAGAAGAAAAAGUUAUCUCUUGAUGAAAUGAUCCAGGAAGCCCAAAACUUGGUGGAAAAAAUCCGCUUUCUUGUUGAUGAGCCACAGCACACCAUCCCCGAUGUCUUCAUCUGGAUGCUCAGCAACAACAAGAAAGUGGCCUAUGCCCGCAUCCCGUCCAAAGACCUGCUCUAUUCCCCCGCCAGGGAGCAGAUGGGCAAACACUGCGGGAUGAUCAAAACUCAUUUCCUCAAACUUCCUGGAAAACGGCCGGCUGGUUGGUCAGUGCAAGCAAAAGUCGAUGUAUACCUCUGGCUGGGCUCCACCAAACACUCAAGUGCCAUUUUGGACAACUUGCCAGCAGGCUACGAAGCAGAAAUGUCCUCCAAAGUGGCUGGUGCCAAUCAACCCCCAGCCAACCUGCUCUACCAAGACCGGCACGUCUUCCAGCUGAGAGCGCACAUGUACCAAGCCCGGGGCCUCAUCGCGGCUGACAGCAACGGACUUUCAGACCCCUUUGCCAAGGUCACGUUCCUUUCCCACUGCCAGACCACGAAGAUCAUUUCCGAGACCCUCUCCCCUACCUGGAACCAGAUGCUGCUGUUCAAUGACUUGGUGCUGCAUGGAGACCAGAAGGAGCUGGCAGAGUCCCCACCUUUAGUGGUGGUGGAGCUGUAUGACAGUGAUGCGGUGGGGAAGCCAGAAUACUUGGGUGCCACAGUGGCUGCUCCUGUUGUGAAGCUGGCUGACCAGGACUAUGAGCCCCCCAGGCUGUGCUAUCACCCCAUCUUUUGUGGGAACCUCUCUGGAGGGGACCUCCUUGCUGUAUUUGAACUGCUCCAGGUCCCUGAGUCUGGGCUGCAAGGGCUCCCUCCCGUUGACCCACCGGAUGUCACCCAGAUCUACCCAGUUCCUGCCAACAUUCGGCCAGUGCUGAGCACAUACCGAGUGGAGGUUCUCUUCUGGGGCGUCCGAGAAAUGAAGAAGGUGCAGCUUCUCUCAGUGGAUCGUCCUCAGGUCCUCAUCGAGUGUGGAGGACGAGGAGUCAAGUCCUGUGUGAUCCAGAGCUACAAGAACAACCCAAACUUCAACGUCCAGGCAGAUGCUUUCGAAGUGGAGCUGCCUGAGAAUGAGUUUCUGCACCCGCCCCUGAGCAUCUGUGUGGUGGACUGGAGAGCCUUCGGAAGGAGCACCCUGGUGGGCACCUACACCAUCAACUGCUUGAAGCAGUUUUUGUGUAAAUCCAGGGAGCCCCUUGCUCUCACCUCACCGGUGGACGGAACCCAAGAUGGCGAAGCCAUUUCAGAUUCGCUAAUAACCACGGAGCCCUCUGAGACCCUCAGCUCUGCCCGGGAGCCCCCAACGGAUCACAUCUAUGUGGAUGUUGAGCCACCUCCCACCGUGGUACCGGACUCCACCCAGGUUCAGCAGGCCAGCCUGGCUGACAUCCCUGACUCAUCCCCUAUGCUGGAGCCUGAACACAAACCCGCAGCCCAGGAGCCACCAAAAGAUGGAAAAGCUAAGGAUCCCAGGAAAUCUUCCCGGAGGUCUACUAAAAGGAGAAAGAGGACCAUAGCAGAUGAAUCAGCUGAGAACGUCAUUGACUGGUGGUCUAAAUAUUAUGCCUCCCUGAAGAAAGCACAGAAGGAAAAGGAGAGCAAUCCCAAGGAGAAAAAAGGCAAUACAGAGACCAAACCAGACGAGGUAGUGAUAAAUAUAGUAGGUAGUCCAAAGAAGAAGAAAGACAAAAUGCUCAAGAAGAAACUCAAAGAGGAUGAAAUCCCCAACCUGGCCGUUUUGCAGAUAUAUGAUGGUGAUCUUGAAAGUGAAUUCAACAAUUUUGAAGACUGGGUGAAAACUUUUGAGCUCUUCAGAGGCAAAUCUACAGAAGAUGACCAUGGCCUUGAUGGAGACCGAGUCAUAGGAAAGUUUAAGGGCUCCUUCUGCAUCUACAAAAGCCCGGAGGAUUCCAGCAUCGAGGACAGUGGGCAGCUGAGAAUCCAGCAAGGGAUUCCCCCCAACCACCCUGUCAAAGUCCUGAUCAGAGUGUACAUUGUUGCGGCAUUUAAUCUUAGCCCAGCUGAUCCAGAUGGCAAGUCGGAUCCCUACAUUGUGCUCAAGCUUGGCAAAACCGAAAUCAAAGACCGCGACAAAUACAUCCCCAAGCAACUGAACCCAGUUUUUGGAAGGUCAUUUGAGAUCCAGGCCAUGUUCCCAAAGGAGUCCCUGCUCUCCGUCCUAAUCUAUGACCACGACAUGAUUGGGACAGACGACCUCAUUGGUGAGACCAGGAUCGACCUGGAGAAUCGUUUCUACAGCAAACACCGAGCCAUCUGCGGCUUGCAGAGCCAGUACGAGAUAGAAGGAUACAAUGCCUGGAGAGACACGUCCAAACCCACUGAAAUCCUCACCAAGCUCUGCAAAGACAACAAGCUGGAUGGACCCUACUUUCUCCCUGGGAAAAUACAGAUAGGAAACCAGGUGUUUUCUGGAAAAACUGUCUUCACCGAAGAGGACACCGAUGAGGUGGUGGAGUCUUAUGAGCACUUGGCCCUGAAGGUUUUACGCUCUUGGGAGGAUAUCCCGGAGGUUGGGUGUAGGCUGGUUCCUGAGCACAUAGAAACUCGGCCGCUGUACCACAAGGAUAAGCCAGGAAUGGAGCAGGGCCGCCUGCAGAUGUGGGUGGACAUGUUUCCCAAAGAUAUGCCUCAGCCUGGACCUCCUGUUGACAUUUCGCCAAGGCAACCCAAAGGGUAUGAAUUGAGGGUAACCAUCUGGAACACUGAAGAUGUCAUUUUAGAGGAUGAGAAUAUCUUCACAGGACAAAAAUCAAGUGACAUUUACGUUAAAGGGUGGAUAAAGGGUUUGGAAGACGACAGGCAGGAGACAGAUGUCCACUACAACUCCCUGACUGGGGAGGGGAACUUCAACUGGCGCUUCCUGUUUCCGUUCCAGUACCUCCCGGCUGAGAAGCAAAUGGUCAUCACCAAGAGAGAGAACAUCUUCUCUUUAGAGAAGAUGGAGUGUAAGACGCCAGUUGUGCUGGUCCUCCAGGUUUGGGAUUUUGAAAGGCUGUCCUCAGAUGACUUUCUGGGAUCCCUGGAAAUGAACCUCAAUAGUUUCCCCCGAGCAGCCAAGUCUGCCAAAGCCUGUGACCUCUCCAAGUUUGAAAAUGCAAGUGAGGAGAGUAAAAUCUCCAUCUUCCAGCAAAAGCGAGUGCGGGGCUGGUGGCCUUUUGCUAAAAGCAAAGAACUCACAGGCAAGGUUGAAGCCGAGUUUCACCUGGUUACGGCAGAAGAAGCUGAGAAAAAUCCUGUUGGCAAAGCCCGAAAGGAGCCAGAACCACUGCCCAAGCCCAACCGCCCAAACACCUCCUUCUCCUGGUUCAUGAGCCCCUUCAAGUGCCUGUACCACCUCAUCUGGAAGAACUACAAGAAGUACAUCAUCAUUGCUUUCAUUCUGAUCAUCCUCAUCAUCUUUCUGGUCCUCUUCAUCUACACCUUGCCGGGAGCUAUCAGCCAAAGGAUCGUUGUGGGCUCAUGAGGUUGGUGGAGGACCUGGACCUCCCCUUUCUACCGCUCCUCUUCUUGCUCAUCUGUAAAUAUGCGAGCAUGUGCUCUGUGCAGGCACGGUGCUGGGUGCUGAGGAGAGAAACCCAAAGGCCCUGUGUCUAAGGACAGGUCAGCUCUUCUUGGAGGAGACGGAAAGGAGCAUUCCCUCCCUACCCCAACCCCGGACAAACUUAUAAGCCUUAAAUCAUGUUUUUCCCCAUCAACAGCAUGAAAUAAUGACUCUUUUGCCUGAGAGUAAUCAAUGAUGACCUCAAAUUGAUUUAGGCGAAUGCUUUCUUUCUGUAACUGGUUUUAUUCUGAGAGGUUUAAUUCUGGGUCUGAGAUUUUAUUGGAUGUACUCUCUUUAAAAUAAAAUUUUUACAGCAAAUAAAACUGAAAACAUUUUAGCAAAUUACUAGACAUUUAACCUGUCCCAUAUAUCUUAACCUUGCUUAAUCCUUACAGUUUACAGAACACAUUCACUAAUUUAGGCUGCGAAACUCUCCUUGGAGAAAACGUCAUAAAAGUCACCUAAAAUACUUCAUUGUUGAAAUUCCCAUAUAGAGAUGAGAUGUUGCUGGUUUUCUAUUAAAAUCAACACUUGUAGACCGUGUGCAGUAGUAGGAGUGAAUUCUGGAGAAAUCCAUUUGUAUUUAUGCUCUGUGGAAAUUUCCAAGUGGGAAUUUUGUAAAUAUGAAAUGUAAUUUUGUGUAUUUGUGCAUGGGGUAAGUGUGGAGCUCCAUGGUACCAGCAGGAAUUCUCUUAAACCAGAGAAUAUAGGCCCCACCAAAAGUGGGUUCCCACAGACCGUGAUACGAAUGACCAUUCCUGGCGCUAUUCAACACUUAGCAUACCGCCAUGUGUGGCAGGCUCUAUCAUGCGUCUCAAGCACGCAUUAAUUUCAAAGGCAGUCUUAGAAAUGAUAUUCCAUGCACUCAUCAGAUGGGGUCACUUUUUCCUGAAAGUAAACCUUUAAUCUUCAAAGUAGUGCAGUCUCAAUGUGCCACCCCUGAAACCUACAGUUUCAAUCCGGGAGGGAGUGGAAGUGAGGGGCCGGUGUUCUCGGUUAAAAUAAGGAAACAAAGGAAUUGGGAUGUUUGGCC